GAUGCAGAAAAAAGAAAACAAAAGUGGGUAUUCUUAAAUUUGGAUCCAUCAUAAUUAGCAUCUCCUAAUCUCUAAUAAUGACCAGACACAAUGCGUCAUUACUUAACCACCAAUUAGUAUGCAUUCUUGAACAACUCAAGAAAGCUCCCCCACAUUCCUACAUUUGCUUUCACUCUCAUUACUCCCACCAUUCCCACAGCCUCACCAAACAAACUAGACGUCCCCAAUAGAUACAUGCUUAAAGUUCAACAUUAGUUCUUUCUUCAACUAACCCUGCGGGGUCUUUAAUCUGAAAAGAAAAAAAUGAGAAAGGAAACAGAGUCUAGUUUAUGUUCGUUUAGGGGGAAAACGUUUUUGUUAAUCGGGACAAAGGGUAGUUAGCAAAUGUUUGGAAGACACGACAAGGGCAAAGUCAAAAUAGUACAUCCGUACAUAAAGAUUGACCAACUAGUGUCGAGAAAUAUUUUAGAUUAACCAAAAAGUCCAAAAGUAACACCAAACAGACAGCGACGUCCACAACAAUAAGUCACUCAUUAUCACAAACCUACCUCCCAAGUCAAACAUAUUUUCCCUUUUAAUAGAUUCUUGAUAAUGAACUUGUAUAGAGAGAGGAGGAGUAAAGUUGAUAGCUUGGGUCAAUUAUUUAGUAUGUAAAGCGAUCUCGAAAAGUUUGUAAAACUUCUUGCAUCUAGAAUAAUGAGUUUCCAUUACUUCCGUACGACAACGGUUGACAACAGGAAACAAAGUUAUUACCAUGGUUUUUGAACAUUGUUUGAAGAAAAUUAAAUGGUCAAAACAAUAAAAAGCAAUCAAAAUAUUUUUUUUUUCUUUUUGCAAAUGCAUUUACAAGUAGAGGGGAUCGAUUCAUGACGGCUAGCCAGCCAAAUGAUGAAACAAAAAUAAGCUUUGAGGAGUUUUGUUGGGUAUGAGCCUAGCCCUCCCAAAAGGCCCGCAAGACGAUUACCCAGAUACAUGAUUACAACAAAGAAGAUCGGUUCGUCGACUUGUAAGCUGGUGUUCGGCUCGACUCCAGACUACUUUUAGUCGAUAAGAUGACUGACUAAACAUCAUCGGCUCGCCGACCUGACACAACGACCCGAUGAGUCGGCCCAAUUACUCGAGGAGGCCCAUCGAGACAAGACACAUUAGGUCAACAAGUGUUCACCUAUAAAAGGAGGAGAUAAGGCAACAAGGAGGAGAUCCGCAAAUUACUACACUCACUUUCGGCUAGAAUUAGGGUUUUACAUCUUACAUCUCGCCGACUUGUACGGUCCGACGAACUUGUCUUCGCCGGACUUUUUCCUUUGUUCUCUUCCCCUUUUGUAACUCGGUUUCGACUCACUGAUCUAAUAAAACACGUCUUUAUCUUGACCCACCGACGAGAACUCGUCUCUUCUCUUUACUAGUUUAUUGCCAGUCUCAGUUUAAACAAGUUUGAUAUGAUCUGAAGUGCACCCCAAAGAAAACCUAAAUCAGUUGUAUUAAAAUAAUUUAGGUGACCAACAAGGAGUUGAUCUAGUUGAUAAUGUUUUUGGACCACAUAGUAAGAUUUAAGAGAGGGGUCGUUGGUUCUAUUCCCGUUAGAUAGAAUAUGCUCUCUUAAGAAAAGAAAAUUUAAAUUAACACGUUAGAUCUCGAUGCUUUUGAUCCAAACUUUCUAACCAUUUAAAAAUUAAAAAUAACUCUCCGAUCUUUGAUUUUGGUACAACCCAACAAAGAUUAUAUAAAGCCAAAAAAAAGUGAAUUCCUACCAACAUUUUCUUAUCAUAAACAAUUGUUGUUAACUAGAUUCGAAAUAGUGCAUUCAUAUCAAAACCCAUGAUGUCAAGUCUCAAUGAUAACCAUGCCUAAACUUCUAAUUAACAAAACAAGAUAUGAUAUAAUUUAUUUAAAAAAUCAAAAUAAUGUAGAGUGUAAGAGAAGCAAUGAUUUUAAUUAUUAUUUAUAAUUUAUACGUAGUUUCUGUUUACAUACAUACACACACACAUGACAGUGAUGACACACCCGAGACCAAAUAAAUAUUUUGUUUACGACAGCAAAUAUGAAAUCCUCGGGUCUCUCUGUUUGUUUGUCGUCCCCAUAAAUGGUAAUAAAUCAGAUACGGACGGUAACAAAAGAACACUCCAAAACCAGUAAUGUGACAGAUAGUUUCUCUUAUCAAUCUUCUGAAAAAAAAAAACCUUACAGGAUAUAGCCAAAAGAUUUCUCACGACUUUUUAAAAUUAAAAACAGUUGGUCACACAACAUAUUAUUUCGAUGAAAAUAGAAUCCGACGACUUUUUAUCUUUUGGCCAAACUAUACUUUCUUGUAUCCAUUGGUUUGACUUUAUACAUAAAGACAAAGCAACCAUUCUCCUUCUCUUUCUGUCAUGCCUCAUGCCUCUCAUUAACACCAACCCUUAUUCUCAAUUCUUCACCUUCUUCUCUCUCUGUUCUCAUCUCUUUCUCUUUAAUCCGGUUCAAGCAGCUGAAGAAGAACGAUCAAGAAUCAAGACUCUGUUCUGUUCUGGACUCUGAUGGGUUCUUGCUUCAGUUCUCCAGUCAAGGCCGAUAACUUUUCCUACAAUGAUAAGAGUAGCUAUCUAUCCGGUCUAAGCAUGUGGAGCCGGACAUCGUCAUCCGUGAGGGCUGGGGCUCGGAAGACAGAAGAGGAGAUACUCGAGUUGACGUCCGUCAAGAGCUUCACCUUCAACGAGCUCAAACUCGCAACCAGAAAUUUCAGACCGGACAGUGUGGUCGGAGAAGGUGGGUUCGGUUCUGUCUUUAAAGGCUGGUUGGAUGAAACCAGUCUCACUCCGACUAAACCAGGGACCGGUUUAGUCAUUGCCGUUAAAAAGCUUAACCAAGAAGGUCUUCAAGGCCACCACGAAUGGCUGACAGAGAUCAAUUACUUGGGAGAAUUGAGUCACCCAAAUCUAGUGAAACUGGUUGGCUAUUGCUUGGAGGAUGACCACCACCUUCUUGUAUAUGAGUUUAUGCAAAAUGGAAGUCUUGAGAAUCAUCUAUUCAGAAGAGGUUCACAUUUUAAACCACUAACAUGGUCUCUACGGGUCAAGGUUGCACUUGAUGCAGCAAAGGGGCUUGCAUUCCUCCACAGCGACCCUGUCAAAGUGAUAUACCGAGACUUUAAAGCCUCCAACAUUUUGCUUGACGCGGACUACAAUGGGAAACUUUCUGACUUUGGGCUAGCUAGAGACGGUCCAAUGGGUGAUCUAAGCUAUGUUAGUACAAGGGUUAUGGGUACAUAUGGUUACGCUGCUCCCGAGUAUAUGUCAUCAGGUCACUUAAACGCAAGGAGCGAUGUGUACAGUUUCGGAGUUGUGCUUCUAGAGAUUUUGACGGGUAAAGAAGCUUUGGACUACAACAGGCCGGCUGAAGAAGAAGACCUUGUGGAAUGGGCUAGACCUUACCUCACAAGCAAACGCAAGGUUCUCCGAAUCGUGGACCCUCGGCUAGACACACAGUACUUACCCGAAGAGGCGGUGAGAAUGGCCAGCAUUGCGGUGCUGUGUAUCUCGUUCGAACCCAAGUCGCGUCCGACCAUGGACCAAGUGGUCCGUGCCUUGCAACAACUUCAGGACAACUUGGGGAAACCGACUCAGACCAAUCCGGUUAAGGAUGGCAAGAAACAUAAAACCAGAGCUAAGUUACCAGAAGUAUAGGUUAUUUUUUCUUUCUUAUUGUGUUUGUAACUAUUGUUGAUUUUUUUUUUUUGGUUAAUACAUUUGAAUUUGAUGUAGAGAUGUUCCUCAAUACAAUUUUUAAAAUUCGUGGGAUGUUGUGUAAAUAUUCCCGGUUUAACUGAAUAUUGAGUUUCAAUCAA